UGUGUCUUGUCACUGUUUAUGUUAAAUUCACAAAUUUUUCGUGUUUACACUCAACAUACCACAGAUUAUGUGAGCCAAAUCUCAGCGGAAGAUAAAUACGGAACUCCCAGUUGCCGUUGCAAUGGCCCCGACAGUUCACAAGCAAUGCCAGCUUGGCGUCCCUCGUAGGGGUGCAAGAUCCGCCAGAUAUGGAGGGCACGCAGAUUGCCAAUGGCAGCAGCAACAAGAGGAUCGGCAUUCUAGUCAAUACAGAGACUCGUACCACGAGCCGUACCAGAAGCAGUACCCGACCGAGCAUUUUAGGCCGUACCAUGCGUUGUACGAGGAGCAGAGCUUGCGUGGGUACCAGAGUCCGGAGUGCUACCGGCAGAAAUUCAAUCAACAGUACCAGGAUUCGUGCCGGAUGUCAUCCCGGCUAGCGUACCAGAAGCAGUACUACGCAUCGUACCCGCAGCAGUACCAGAGACAGUUUCAGGAACAGAAUCCGAAGCAGUACCGACAUCGGUUAAUGGAGCAGUACCAGAUGCAGCACCAGAGAUCGACCCAGUCUAAGUCACAUGCAUUCGACAGAGAUAGAAGUAAGCAGUUUAAAAGCCAGAUCUAUGGCCAUCUAUGGCCUCCAGCUCGUCAGUAUGGUGGUAUGGGCCCCUCCAACUUUAGCUGUAACCCUGUUGGCUUCCCGACAUGUGCCAAUAAAGUGGUGCCAGAAAGUAAUCAGGCAGCUUGCAGUCGUGGACAGCGUUCCAGAUCUUGUGAGCGAAGUGAACCUCGCCGGGCUUGCAACGGAGCAACUUGUUGCAGGAACCGUAAUGUCUCCCGUUCACCGUCUUGUACUAGGUCACACUCUAAGCUACGGCGCGGUCAAUCCUGUGCUUCAGUGGGCAACAAUGCUUAUUGUAAACAACAUAAUUCAUAUCGUUCCAGACAAAGUCAUGCUGAUUACGACAGAACAACACAAACACGCCCCGCAUGUCCCUCAAAAUCUCGCGAUGCUGCGUGCCAAUAUUCUCAAAGCCAGGACAGUGCUUACAGGACGCCAGAUUCGUUAUCCAGACACCGCUGUGAUUCUUAUAGCGAUACACAGAAAAAACAUAAAUCCGUAACACGUGCUCCAUCGCGUUGCGAGCCUGCUUGCUUUGGAACACCAGAAAAGAAAUGUUCGAGGCAGCCACCAGCCCAGCUUCAAUUUCCACCAUCAUCUUGCUGCAGUUCUUGCUUUUCGCCCCCAGAAAAGCAAAGAUCGAGGCGACACGAAUCGAAUAGCGAGCAUCGUAGGCAAUCCCGUAGCGAUCCUUUCUGCGAACCUUGCUACGACCCUUACCAACAGGAUCAAUCCGCAGGAUGUAGGCAGCUUCGUGGUGAGCCUCGCAGUGAGCAUCGUUACGCGCAUAAAACUGAGGCUCCACCCAAGGCCCCAAAGCAGCCUCGACCUCGCUGCGAAGGUUGCUACGAGCCCAGACCGAAACCUGAGCCACGUCGCAGUAAAUCCGCAUGCAGUUGCGGUUUUGGGCCGCGUCCAGUAACUGAGUCAAUAUUCAGCUGUUGUCCGCCGGAAAAGCCAACGGAUUACGUGGAACACAAGCAGUUUACUGGCAUGGCACAUCGAAAUCCCUUGGUGGUUAGAUCUCACGGAUGCCUAAACGAAUGUCCUACCCAAGGUUACCGUAAGAAGACCAAAAAGCCCAGGGACCACAGGGCGAAAUCAAAUUAUGGCACUUAUAACUCUUUACCGUGUAAACCACCAAAGCAAGCAUGUCCAGGCAAUCAGGGCAGAGAAUAUUAUAGGAAUCCGCGCUCAGAUUAUGCGGAGUUGCAAUAUCAAAGUGGCAGAUUCGUCAAGAAUCCCCUAACCGUUUCUAGCUGUAGUUGCAACAUGCAACCACAAUGUCCUGCCAAAACGGUUAAGGAACGCAAGGCCACACCAUACUCUUCCUAUCAAACCUUCGAUGAGGCGCAAGGAUCUUGCGCAUGUACACCAGGUGCUCCACGGAAAGAAUCUUGCCGCAGGCGCACGUCUUUCUAUCUGGAAGAAUCCAAGGAGAUGCCCUACCGUUGUACGGGCAAUGGCUUGCCUGAGCUCAAUCAUAAUAAUCCACGCACGAAUUUUGUGCCUGCAAUGUGGUUCAAUGCAGAAAGCUCGCCCGAGAAAAAGCCAACAAGUUCCCGUAAUGAAAGAUCCUACUCGGGCCUGUCGCCUAUAACCUCGUCCUUCCUACAGCGGCGCCAGGUGCCCGCCAGAUCCUGUAAUCGUGGAUCUGCACCACACGGUAGCCUACAAAUGGCCAAGCAACGGGGAAGUUUGCCCAAGCGACGUCUAUCCGGCUGUGGCACUUCCAAUGUUAACAAAAAAUGCUUGGCCUUGCACAUCAAGCACCGACGCUGCCCCGGCAAACUAUUCUCGAGCUCAGGUUCAAAUAAGAAGCUACCACUUGUAUCCACAAGUAAUCUGCUAAAGACCCGCCGCAUGCCCAAGGCCAAUCCGGGUUCACUUCGGUUCCCCAUUAAAGUACACAAGCUACCCGAUUGCGCAGGCGUUAAAAUAAAGCUACACAAGCAACGCUGUCGCGGCGGCAAGCUGUCAUCCGCCGGCAACGGCUCCCAAGGCGCAAGGAACGCAAGUUCCAGGCCUCGAGAGAAUCAGAUGGGUGGCACUAGAGCCAUGCCGGGCUCCCAUCCCAAGCCCAGCCGACUGCAGACGACAGUUAGGAGCGACAGAGUGCAAGGUCAAGGCCAAUCGCAAAGGCAAGCACAAUUGCAGCCGGAUGCGGGAUAUCCCCGUGAACAGCACUCACAGCCCGCAGUAAGACCUAAGCCUCCAGCAGCAGCAGCACGACGCGAUCUGCCACAAAGAUAUCAGAUGCAGGCUCCAGACCAACAGAUUGCCAGACCUAUUCAAUGCACAGAGAACAUACCAGCAUCUGGAGGCACAAGAGCAUCGGGCCAACCAGCUAGGAAUGUGCCAACUCCCGCGGCAGGGACCCAGCCGGUGACAAGGCAGGAAUCCACCGGAGCACCGGCAGAAAAGCGCGAGAUAGCUCAAAUCCAAAAUCAAAAUAGAAAUCGGGCGCCAGAACGGACAGAGGAGCGGGCGCAGGUGAAAGAACGGGUGCAAGAUCGGGCACAGGAACGUGUAGCACCACGCAGUGAAGAAAACACACUGCAGCGUGCGCGUAAGAAUAACAACGAGAAGCAAAUCACAACACAACGGCCCCAGUACCUGAGAGAUGGCCAAGUGCAGCAGCUACCACAGCCUAUAGUCCACUCGCACAGCAGGGAUGGCUGUAUGGGCACGAAUAUACAUCAUUUCUAUCGCGGCAGCUUUUUGGCCGUGCGCUCAACCCAAAUAAGCGAAGCAGGGCCAAGCAACGGCCCCGGCGGAUCAAGGAGACGGGAGUCCCUUUUAACAGUCGCCACAAAUAUGCUGAGACCGCAGAUGGUAAAGAAAUCACUGCCAAAAUGUUCGGCUUUUGUGGUGCCCAACAAAUGGCAGUGUACGCAACAGCUCAACGGCUUUGUGGGCGGCAGCCCUAUUGUGGAGCUGCAAAAGGUCAAAGGACUACAUAUAAGCGGCAAGAGCGGCUGGUCAUGGCGCAAAAUGUUGCCCAGUUGGCUGGUCAAUGGCAAGGCAAAGGCAACUAGUGCAUAGCCAGCGCUGUCAGAAGGCGAAAAAAAAAAACAAAAAAACAGCAAAUUCUCGAUGCGUUCCGAAAA